AAAAAGGAUUCUGCUGUGAUUGAGAGGAGGAAGAAGAAAGAAGCAAAGCCCUCCCAUCUUCUUCUCCUCUCACCUUCUGCUACUACCUCUGCGUUCAACAGACCCACCGCCGCUCGUUGCCGCCGUUCGCCGCCCUCCACUCCUCUUUCCAUCUUCUCCGAUAGGUCAUACUUUUUGAACUGGGAGGCAUGGAAGRAGUUGAGAAAUUGACGCCAGAGAAGGAGGAUAAGCCUACGGGAUUGAGGGGGCGGUUGUCCUGCACCACCUGCUUUGAUGCUCUGUGGUUCUGUUAUUCUCCAGUUCAUCAAAUGCAGCAAUACUACAGGCUUGGGGUUUUCGAUAACUGUUCUGACAAAUGGACAGCUCUUGUCGACUGUUUAAGUCUCAAGACAAAACGAGCUUCUGAGGUUCAGGAAAUUCUUGAAAGCCGAGAGAAAGCGAAAUCUCACAUCUGGACUUUUCGAACCCCAGAAGAAUCAUCAUCACAUUGGAAACAACUUUUUGGGCAUUUAGAUGAAAUGGAAUGAAAACAAAUUCUAUGUGCUUCUAUUCUAUUAUUCAUCAUCCUCUCUUGAAUUCCUCAAGUUUUCCAUCCAUUAUUUCUUCAGGACACAAGUGAUUAUCUCGCCCAACACGGGCACGGGCGGUCUUCGUCAUUAGUUUUUUUUUUUUUUUCCGAGAACAGUUUUUGUAGAGGAAUUAUUCGAUGUAGCCACCACAAAGGAAUUAUUACUUUCAUGACGGUUAAGUAUAGAAUAAGAUGUGAUUAUCAUAUUGAUCAAAAUAAAUUUCUUGCAUAA